CGUUACUAUGCUGUGUAUAGUGUAGUCACUUCUGUAAAAUCAUCAAAUUCAUCACUUGGUUUGCGUUAAUUAACAGCUUAUCAUCAUUGCAUAGGUUUGAUAUUGAUGUUUUGUGUGUUACUUGUGUUGUUUCUGUGUAGAUAUUCCCACAAUUAUUCUCCAUUUAAACAUUUGAAUUUCCACCCCCUUCCACCUGAAGCAUACGAUCUUGCCACGCAAUGUGAGUCCCGUCGGGCGUCGAUGCGGCGCCACACCAUCAUCGGAUGCAACCAAAACUAUAAGCUGGACCACUUGAGCAGCCACUCGAUGCCUCCGUCACGACCCGCGUCCCGACAAUCCGAUCACGGACAGCCGCCGAACCAGGCGGCACCAGCACAGCAACCGCAGCUAGAAUCCAAAUCCCAGACGGUGGUGGCCGACCUGGUCGCCAGCAGUCAGCAGCAGCAGAUCUCCUCGUUGGACACGUGGACCAAGAGUUCGCUCGAUGAGCACCAGUGGAAGGAUACGUUCAACCUGAACGAUCGCCUCUCGCUAACGCUGGAGGAAAUUGUACAUAUCCGAUCGGUCAUGACCAAGGCCGAGCUGGAGGGCUUGCCCGUCGACGUGCACAUCAAGGAGGACGUCGAGAAGCGGAAGGUAUGCUUCCUGUGCCUGCGCACGCGGUUCACCUUGUUCGCCCGGGGCAUCCUGUGCAAGCUGUGCCAGCGGACGGUUUGCAACAAGUGCAAUCAGAAGAUGCGAAUACCUACCGAACAUUUUCGAAAUGUUCCGGUGGUGCUGCUGUCGCCUUCGUUGAUGAACAGCCCGUGCACCUCGAAUACGCCAUCGCCCAGUCACCACGCGCACGGAGGGUCCGGGCCGCACAGUCUGGUGGACGAGACGUUCCCGCGGUCGCUGAUGGAGCGGCUACUGCGGCCCGAGUUAGAACGGAGGACUCGCAACACUGUCGGUAGCGCUCCAUCAUCACCAAAGAACCUACGCUCGACUUCCAGCACACCGGGCACCAGCCUGCAGGGUGAGACCCUAUCGCUUCCGCUGUCAUCGCAACCGGUGACGUCAGCAACCACCACUAACGGUGCCAAAGAAAGUACAACAUCCGCCAAUGGCAGCAAGUGUUCCAUCAUGUCCCGCAGCAUGGAAGGGCCGCACAGUCUACCGCCACAAAGCCCCGCCCGACCACACAGCAACAGCAGCACACUGGAUCGAAGCUCUUCCAGGAAUCGAUUCGCCAAGGCGUUCACCCUAUCGUCGGCGGCAGCGGCGACGGCCCCGGGCACGGCUGCCAUCGAUCCCCAAAAGGAACGGCUUACCGGAGAGCUGAUGGCCGUUUGCAACGAUUGUCGCAGUUUGGUGCUGGAAAUCAUUCGGUCCUCGCGGCAGACGCGAUCAUCCGCACAGAACCAGGCGCUGCGCAACCUAACGCUAGACCUUUCACCCGUCUACAAACGCUAAGCUGAUGCUGGUGCAAAAUGCGCAGAUGCUGUGCAUGCGUGUCUGAAGGGCGCAUGACCUCCUUUGUUCCUCCCUUUCUUUCGUUCCUGACGUUUCCGAAGCAUGUGAAAAAUCAAAUUUGAAGCCUCCGAUUUGAGAGAGUGAGAAAGUUAUUGAAUUCCUCUUAUAUUUAUCUUAUUUAUUUUGUAAUUUAUUUCAAAAGUUUUCUUUAUUUUUUCGAAAAUGUUACAAAAGUUUUACUAGGAAGAGUAUAUUUCUUGUUGAAAACAAAAUCAGACUUAACUAUAUAGGUCCUCGGAACGAUCGGUCUGCACAACCGCACAUUCAAAAGACUGAUUAAUCUUUUGUUUCGUAAUGUGAGAUGCUUGUUUAUCACAUUUUAGGUUUGAUUUGAAUCGUUAUUAGUUGGAAUACUAUCUCACAAGAUUUUAAGUAACACUAGGGUUGUGCGUUCGCGCUUGUUGUUUGAAUUUGAUUUUUCGCACUUCGGUUGCCAGUUUCUUGAAAUGAAGACGAAACGAAGGGAACUUUUCUCAAAUCUCUUCUGCGAUGCUUGUUACGAUGGUUUAAUUGUUAUUGGGUCCGGGGAGCAAUUGUACAUUUGUCCGAACGAGCAAUAGGGAAAGCUAGGGCGAUUUGUAGUUAUAGGAAAGCGAAAGGAGAAAGUUGUGACAUGUUGAAGUAAUGAAAAUAGAACGGAAUUCAAAGUAUUCAGAAACGCAA